GUUCGUUUGAUCACUGGACGUCAGUCACAGACAGUCGACAGAUCAUCCGUUCACAAUGUCAGAAAGUUUAUUAAACAUGACCGCGUUUGACUUCGAGCGUCAGUUUGAUGAUCAACGCGCAAAUGAAUGGUUUCAACACAACUGUGAAAUAGCGAUUGUGCUGUCUGUUACGUAUGCAGCGGUCAUAUAUUUUGGGCGCGUCUUCAUGAAGGACAGACAGAAGUUGGACUUGAGGACUCCUCUCAUGCUCUGGUCAUUGUGUCUGGCGGUGUUCAGUGUAAUGGGAGCGUUGAGGACAGGCUGGUACAUGCUCAAUGCUGUGAUGUCACUCGGGCUCCUGCAGUCCGUGUGCGACACAACGUUCUUCAGCGCCCCUGUCAGCAAGUUCUGGGCGUACGCGUUUACUCUGAGCAAAGUCCCUGAGCUCGGUGACACCGUGUUUAUAGUUCUCCGUAAGCAGCGUCUGAUCUUCCUGCACUGGUAUCAUCACAUCACCGUGCUUCUGUACACCUGGUACUCGUAUAAAGAGCGCGUGGCGGGCGGCGGCUGGUUUAUGAUGAUGAACUACACCGUCCACGCGUUUAUGUACAGUUAUUACACCGCUAAAGCAGCCGGCGCGCGUGUGCCGAGACAGUUCGCCAUGUUGAUCACGGUGCUGCAGAUUCUGCAGAUGGUGGCGGGUUUGGGCGUGCUGGCGCUCGUGUACAGGUGGAAACACGACGUUCACUGUGUGUCCACCACACACAACAUCAUGUACGGAUCCCUCAUGUACCUCACAUACCUGCUGCUCUUCUGCACGUUCUUCUAUCAGUCUUACAUGAAACGGGACGAGAGGAGAGUGAAGGGAGAGUGAGGAUGAUGAUGAUGAUGAUGAUGAUGAUGAUGAUGAUGAUGAUGAUGAUGAAGCUCUUUAUGUUCGUUUGAAUCAGAUGAAUCAUGAGAUUAGGAGAUGAAGGACUGGAUGAAUCUCAUGAAUCCAGCAGAAAGAGGAAAAUGAAGCAUAUUUUUAUGUUUGGCCACAUUGUUCAAAAUUACAGUUUUAUAGAUUUUAUGUAAAUUUUAAAGCAUAAAUGUGUUUUCUCAUGGAUUAUUACUAAAUGAAUGGGUAUGUUUUAAUUAUUGGUUUAUUUAAUGAUUCCAUUUUUUUUAUAUAAAUUUGUACAUUUAAUAAAACAU